AUGGAACAGUUAAAUCUUUCCAGUUGGCUAAAUGAACUUCAGUGUUCAGCAUAUUUAGACAGGUUUGAGGAAAAUGGUAUAACUACAGAUCUACUGUGUGAUCUAGAUAAGGGGGCUUUGAUUGAUCUUGGGAUCGAUAAAGUUGGUCCAAGAAUAAGAUUAGAGAAUGAAAUUCAGAGACUAAGGCUCAAGAGGCUCAGAACCAUACUGCCUCUCGAAAGAUUGAGUGAGAUCAUUCUACCCGACUACGCUAGUGAGACAUCGUUGUCGGAGAAGGAUGCACUUGGCAACCAGGUUUCUCCCUUGUCCCCAACAAAACAGUUGGUUCAGAAAUCACCUAGAAAUCAGCUAAGACGAAGCCAUUCUAGUUUGAAAUCUACUACUGAUGAAAAGUCGUCCAAAUCUUUGGCGACAUUCAUCAAUCUCGACGGUUCCAAGAAACAAAUUGACAUACGAGGAUGCUUCAAUGCCAUGUCCAUCAAGCGAAAAGCUCUAAAAGGUUUGGAUUUGAAAAUGGACCCUGAUUUGUGUGCUGCAUACUUUGUCAAUGAUGACGAAGAACUUCAUUUGAUGUACGACAUUGAAUUAGUCACAGUGUGCCAUUCUGCAGAUAGAGUUGAAAGGAACAGAAUCAUUUUGUGUAAAAAGACUGAGUCUCCUACAUUAGCAGCAAUCGAAACCUCUACAGCGGCUAUGAAAUUGGCAAGGAAUUCAGAUAAAGGUUUAGCUCAAGAAAAUGACAAUAGCGUAAUCAAGGAGUCUACUGAAGGAAAACCGUCCUUGAAUAACUUCUUUGGACAAAGACCUCCGAGUGAAUUGAUUUCAACAAACCUGGCAGAGUAUUUCCCAGAUACAAAGGUUAACAAACUACAGGAAACUGUGAGGAAUUCAGUAAGGAACUCAAUGAGAAUUUCAAGGUUAAUGUCUUCUCAGUUCUCCAAUGCCUCUAUUUUCAGUGAUCACAGCGGUAAUCAUUCAAGGUUAAGCUCGUCACUUUCCCGGUAUGCUAUGAGUAACAUUGCAGGUGAUAGGGCUAGUAUCAUCAGUUCAAGCACGAGGAAAACAAUUGGCAAGGUUCUUGCUGAUAGAAUCACGAAGGAGGACGGAGAUACCGUGGAGCCAGAAUACAACGAGCACACAGUUCGUUCAAAUCAUGAGGCAAAUUCUAGUAAUGAACUUUCUGAUUCAGUUCAUGAAAGACACAAUGAGUUUAAUGAAGGAGACUCUUCGAUUAUUGAAUUAUUUGAGGAAUGUGAUGAUGAUGAUACUGGUGACGACGAGUAUAUGCUAAAGCAGCUCUCCAUAGAGGAAGAAAGAGGGCCCCAAUCUUGGUUGAAGGGUGCUCGUAUUGGUGCUGGUAGUUUUGGAACCGUAUUCUUAGGGAUUAAUAGCUUCACAGGAGAGCUGAUGGCAGUUAAGCAGGUGGAACUACCGACUGCUAGAUCAGUCAAUGAUGCUCAUGGACAAAAUAUGCUAGAAUCCUUGAAACAAGAAAUUUCCUUAUUAAGAGAACUUGAUCAUGAAAACGUUGUCCGAUGUAUUGGAUCUAGCAUCGAUGACGAAUUCCUCAAUGUGUUCUUGGAGUAUAUUCCAGGAGGAUCUGUGUCUUCAAUGCUGAACAACUAUGGUCCUUUUGAAGAACCACUAAUAAGAAAUUUUGUAAAACAAGUUUUGUCAGGUUUAGCCUAUCUACAUGAAAAACAAAUCAUUCACAGAGAUAUCAAAGGUGCCAAUGUACUGAUUGACACCAAAGGAACAGUAAAGAUUUCAGAUUUUGGUAUAUCCAAACGAAUGAGUGACCUGAAACCGUCUUCAAAAAGAGCGUCACUACAAGGAUCCGUCUAUUGGAUGGCACCGGAGGUCGUCAAGCAGACAGUUUAUACCAAUAAAGCUGAUAUCUGGUCUGUGGGGUGCUUAAUCAUCGAAAUGUUUACGGGGAAACAUCCUUUCCCUGAUUUUAGUCAAAUGCAAGCGAUUUUCAAAAUCGGAAUGCAAACUCGUCCUGAAAUCCCGCCCACAGCUUCAGACUUGGCCAGAUCAUUCUUGGAAUCAUGUUUGGAGAGUGAUUACACCAAAAGAAGUAGUGCCACUGACCUAUCACAUCAUGAAUUUGUGAAGACUGCUCUUUUGGACAGACAUAACUAA